AUGGCCACCAUUUUAGAACGCGAGACACAGUGGGAAGAGGAACAAGCCUUCAUCGACAUCGUCAUCCUCCGGGCUGGGGACUGGCAGCCUCCAUUUGCCUGUGAUGUCGAUAAGCUUCACUUCACUCCAAGGAUCCAGAGACUCAAUGAACUAGAGGCUCAGACCCGUGUAAAACUGAAUUUCCUGGACCAGAUUGCAAAGUUUUGGGAACUUCAGGGAUGCACACUGAAAAUUCCACACGUGGAGAGGAAGAUCUUGGAUUUGUUUCAGCUUAAUAGACUAGUUGCAGAAGAAGGAGGAUUUGAUGUAGUUUGCAAAGAGAGAAAAUGGACCAAGAUAGCCACCAGAAUGGGAUUUGCUCCUGGCAAAGCAGUGGGUUCCCACAUCCGUGCACAUUACGAACGUAUUCUCUACCCUUACAACUUAUUCCAGUCUGGAGCUAGCUUACUGUGUUUGCAGAAGCCAGACCUCACCAGUGACACAAAGGACAAGGAGUAUAAGCCCCAUGAUAUUCCACAGAGACAGUCGGUGCAGCCAUCUGAAACUUGUCCACCUGCUCGUCGAGCAAAACGCCUGAGAGCAGAGUCCACUAAUAUCAAAACAGAAUCUGAACCUCCUGAAGUCCGAACUCAUAAUCUAAGACGUCGAAUGGGAUGUGCACCUCCAAAGUGUGAAAAUGAAAAGGAAAUUCAUAGCACAGUGAAACUUCCUGAGAAGAGAGAACACGCUGGGGAGCCAGAGAAAGACAAAUCCAAAGCUCGAUCUAAAAAACCCACUAAUGCUGUGGAUUUGUAUGUCUGUCUCCUGUGCGGCAGCGGCAAUGACGAGGACCGUCUCCUGUUGUGUGAUGGCUGUGAUGACAGUUACCAUACUUUUUGUUUAAUUCCACCCCUUCAUGAUGUUCCAAAAGGGGACUGGAGAUGUCCCCAGUGUCUGGCUCAGGAGUGUAAUAAACCUCAAGAAGCAUUUGGUUUUGAACAAGCAGCAAGAGACUACACGCUUCGCACGUUUGGAGAGAUGGCAGAUGCGUUCAAGUCGGACUAUUUCAACAUGCCAGUACACAUGGUCCCCACAGAAUUGGUUGAGAAAGAAUUUUGGCGACUUGUUAGUACUAUUGAAGAGGAUGUCACAGUGGAAUAUGGAGCUGAUAUUGCUUCAAAAGAGUUUGGCAGUGGCUUUCCAGUUAGAGAUGGGAAAUUCAAAGUUAGACCGGAAGAAGAGGAGUACCUGGAUAGUGGCUGGAAUUUGAACAACAUGCCUGUAAUGGAGCAGUCUGUUCUUGCUCACAUCACUGCAGACAUAUGUGGGAUGAAAUUACCCUGGCUAUAUGUAGGAAUGUGCUUUUCUUCAUUUUGUUGGCAUAUUGAAGACCACUGGAGCUAUUCAAUAAACUACCUGCAUUGGGGGGAGCCUAAAACGUGGUAUGGAGCCCCAGGGUAUGCAGCUGAACAGCUGGAGGAUGUAAUGAAGAAGCUUGCUCCAGAGCUAUUUGAAUCUCAGCCAGAUCUCUUGCACCAACUUGUCACCAUAAUGAACCCGAAUACUUUGAUGGCCCACGGAGUACCUGUUUAUCGAACCAAUCAGUGUGCCGGAGAAUUUGUCAUCACUUUUCCAAGAGCUUAUCACAGUGGUUUCAAUCAGGGUUUCAAUUUUGCUGAAGCUGUGAACUUCUGCACAGUUGACUGGUUACCCUUGGGUCGCCAGUGUGUGGAACAUUAUCGCCUGCUGCACCGUUACUGCGUGUUUUCUCACGAUGAGAUGAUUUGUAAAAUGGCUUCCAAAGCCGAUGUCCUCGAUGUUGUGGUAGCAUCUACUGUUCAGAAAGACAUGGCAAUUAUGAUUGAAGAUGAGAAGAUGUUGCGUGAGAGGGUUCAUAAGCUGGGAGUGACUGACUCGGAGCAAGUGGCUUUUGAGUUGUUUCCUGAUGAUGAGCGACAGUGUUUAAAGUGUAAAACCACUUGUUUCAUGUCUGCUGUUUAUUGCUCAUGUAAACCUGGGUUACUCGUAUGCCUGCAUCAUGUAGAAGAUCUCUGUUCCUGUCCCACCUACAAAUAUAAGUUGGGAUACCGAUAUAACCUGGAGGAUCUGUAUCCAAUGAUGAAUGCGCUGAAGCUACGAGCAGAAUCAUACAAUGAAUGGGCUUCCAAUGUUAAUGAAGCUUUGGAGGCAAAAAUUAACAAUAAAAGAAGUCUCGUCAGUUUUAAGGCUUUGAUAGAAGAAUCAGAAAUUAAAAAGUUUCCGGACAAUGAUCUACUGCGACACCUCAGACUAGUUACACAGGAUGCAGACAAAUGUGCUUCAGUGGCACAGCAGCUUCUUAAUGGCAAAAGACAAACCAGGUACCGCUCUGGAGGAGGAAAAUCUCAGAAUCAGCUGUCUGUGAAUGAGCUGCGGUUGUUCGUAAGGCAGCUCUAUGCUCUGCCCUGUGUCCUCAGUCAGACACCUUUACUGAAGGAUCUUCUUGAUCGUGUGGAAGCUUUUCAGCAACAUAGCCACAAACUCCUCUCUGAAGAAAUGCCUAGCGCUGCAGAACUCCAGGAGCUGUUAGAUGUCAGCUUUGACUUUGACGUGGAUCUUCCCCAACUCGCUGACCUGCGGACACGUCUGGAACAGGCACGCUGGCUAGAGGACGUGCAGCUGGCUUCGGCAGACCAAAACUCUCUUACUCUAGAUGAUAUGAGACGUCUUAUAGAUUCAGGUGUUGGAUUGGCUCCUUAUCCAGCAGUUGAGAAAGCAAUGGCUAAACUACAGGAACUCCUUACCGUAUCUGAACACUGGGAUGACAAAGCCAGAAAUCUGAUAAAGGCCAGACCACGGCAGUCACUGAGCAGUCUCGCAGCAGCGGUGAGAGAGAUAGAGGAGAUUCCAGCCUAUCUCCCAAAUGGUGCCGCACUCAAGGAUGCAGUGCAGAAGGCCAAAGAUUGGUUGCAAGAAGUGGAGGGAUUACAGGCUGGAGGACGUGUACCUGUUCUAGACACACUCGUGGAGCUUGUCACAAGAGGUCGAGCUAUUCCGGUGCACCUGGACUACCUACCAAGGCUUGAAUCCUUGGUGUCAGAAGUUAAAGCGUGGAAGGAAUGUGCAGCUAACACGUUUCUGUAUGAGAACUGCCCCUACUCUCUUCUGGAGGUGUUAUGUCCCCGAUGUGAUAUUGGAAUGUUGAAUCUUAAAAGAAAGCAGAAGAAAUUAAAGGAGCCAGUGCCAAGUGGAAAGAAGAAAAGCACCAAGCUAGAGACUCUGAGCGACCUGGAAAGAGCGCUCUCCGAGAGCAAAGACACUGCCUCGGCGAUGGCUACGCUUGGGGAAGCCCGAUUAAAGGAGAUGGAAGCACUGCGUUCUCUGCGAGCAGCAAAUGAAGUAAAGGUGCUGUCUAACGAAGAGGACGCAGAAAUGAAAGUCUGUCUAUGCCAGAAAGAGCCGGCUGCUCCAAUGAUCCAGUGUGAGCUCUGCAGAGGGUUCUUCCAUACCAGCUGUGUUUCAGUGCCCAGCACUUUGCAGGGACCUCGUGUGUGGCUCUGUCCACACUGUCAUCGAUCAGAAAAGCCACCUUUAGAAAAAAUCCUCCCCUUGCUGGCGUCCUUGCAGCGUAUUCGCGUACGGCUUCCCGAGGGGGAUGCUUUACGCUAUAUGAUAGAGAGGACUGUGAACUGGCAGCACAGAGCACAACAAAUGUUAUAUUCAGGGAAUCUAAAACUCAUACAAGACAAAGUUGGCUCAGGAUUACUGUACAACAGAUGGCAAGCCACAGCAAGCCAAUUGCCAGAGACAAAUAAGGUUUCCCAGACAAUUGGAGCUAUGUCAUUCUCCAUGCCUUGGGACUGGGAUAACAGGACCAUAUAUUUACAUUCUUCAUUUUCUACAGGACAACACUGCAUCCCCCUUCAUGUCAUUAGCACAGAGCUGGACGAGUUGAUGAUGGAAGCCCAGCUGCUACAGGUUUCUCUGCCCGAAAUACAGGAGCUGUACGAGAUCCUAUUCACAAAGCAAAGUCCUGCUUCCCAAACGGAGCAGAGGUCCUCAGCUGGCCCAGCAAAUGAAAAGAAUGAUUGCUGCCGAGGGAAAAAGGAUGGAAUCAGUUAUAUGGAGAGAAAACUGAAAAGGCGUUUUGAAAGAGAGAGCUUUUGCGAUGAGAAGAGAUCAAGGGUAAAACAAAUGAGAACACCAAAAAAGAAGAAACUGAAACUGAAUCAUUCAAAGGAUCUCUGCAAUAACAGACUGGAGAGAGAGCGGGAGCGUCUCUUGGAGGUGCAGCGCUCCAGUGAGAGCCACUUGUUUCCCUCAGAUGCAUCAUUCUCUGAGCAGGAGGACUCUGAGGAUGAAGAUGCCAUCUGCCCUGCUGUGAACUGUCUGCAGCCUGAGGGAGAUGAGGUGGAUUGGGUCCAGUGCGAUGGCAGCUGCAACCAGUGGUUCCACCAGGUGUGUGUGGGCAUCUCUCCGGAGAUGGCAGAGAAGGAAGACUACAUCUGCAUCAGCUGCACGGGGAAGGACUCUCAGUAUCGGAAGUAAAACUCCCCAUAAAACGUUCAGGACUCGAGUAAAGAAGGUUAUCAGAGUUUCUCCACAAAGCCACAGGGGCUGGUUUAAGAGCCAGACUGCAAAUGGUGCUACUUCUAUCCUCAUGGGAUCAUUUUCCAGAACUCAAAAUAAUUUUUGACACUUUUGUAUUUUCCCUUAAUCUGUUUGUGGUUGUUGAGGUUUGAAAUGCUGACUGUUUAGCAGGGGUUUCCACCAAUUUGGAAGGCAUUUGAAACAUGCACCUUUUAUUGUACAGCAUUAAAUUACCUCUCUGGGAUUUACCGGCAUAUUUAAUUCAGCUUGGUUUAGGUGAAGAAAAAAAAAAAAAACCUGCACCAUGAAUUUUCCAAUAAAUCCUCUUUUGAGGAAAUCCCUGUUUACUCUGUUAACUCUUUGGAGACUUUAGUUUUUUUCCACUUUGUUUUUUCGUAGACUAGAUUUAUUUAUCUGAGCAAUAACUUCUAUGUCUGGUUUCAGUGACUGGAAUGACAAUUCUGAACAGCGUGUUGCUUUUAGCAUUGGUUGAUGUACAGAAAGCAAAUGUUAGAUCCUAGUGUCACUGAUGGCCUGGUGAUGUAGAAGACAGAAAAAGCUCUGUAAAGUAAUUGCCACAGCUGUAUUUUGGCUUUCUCCUUUUUUGGGUAGCUUGUAUCAAAUGUUGCAGUUUAUAUUGUGGAAUAAACCCCUGGUUAUGUUAUAAAAUUAAAUGUUGGUGUUUUUAGAGAGCU